UGGCGGAAAGGGUCAUUGUAGGAAAUUAUUGUUGCCGUGUUUAACAGUUCGUUAAAACUAGUAGUAUUACGAAAUCCGUCGACAUUAACUACUUGAAAAUUCUUCCGUUGUCGUAAUGGAUCCUUCAGAAGUGGAAUUUCUAGCCGAAAAGGAAAAAAUAUCCAUUCAAACUAACUUCUCUGAGGACAAGAUUUAUUUGAUCGGGGGAGACAUUGGACCAUUUAAUGCGUCUCUGCCUACGGAAGUACCCUUGUGGAUUGCGAUAUUUUUGAAACAGAGAAGAAAAUGCAGAAUACUGCCUCCCGAUUGGAUGGAUGUUGUGUCUUUAUGUCUGUUUACACAACCACUAGAAUUUAGUAAUAGCACUCUUCUUGCUACACUAGAGUUGAAAUAGUACAAGUAGGUCUGGUUUUCCUGAAAAUAAAAGCAGAAAUCUGUAAGUAAGCUUGUAAAUACACUAAGAUGCUGAUCUUGAAAUGCUGUUAGUCUGGAAUGUGACACUUCAAGCUACAACAGUUACUUAUAUAGUUGCCAUGGCAAGUGAGAAUAAAUGUUUGGUGAUUAAAUUUGCAGUUUAAGUGUAA